UCUCUUUGGUUUUUGUUUUGUCCACAGAAAGUUAAUUUUCCUGUAGAUUCGGGAAAAUUAUAAAAUUUUCAAUAAAAUUUGGUGUUAAAUUCCUACGAAAUUAUGUUAAAUAUAAUUAAACGUUGCUAUAAUCCCAAAAUAUGUGUAAAUACCUCUAUGUACGCCAGAUAUUUCAGCAGCAAGAGUGUGCCCGGCUCCCAAGCUGCCAUACCAUCAUUUGAAGAUUUUGUGCUGAAACAUCAGGAAGAAGCAACACGCAGUGUGGUGGUUCAAGUUAGUUCGGAAAAAUCAUUCCCAGAGUUAUACAACUAUUGCCGCGAUUUUGGCAAUAUUGUGGGCGCUUUUCAUUAUUGUGUGCGUCAUGAUGAUAUACAACACUAUAUACUAUUGGAAUAUGAAAAUGCCCAACAAGCCUCGGCAGCCAUUGAUUCUUCGGCCUAUAAUGAAGAUCUUACUGGAGUGCCAGUAAGAUCACCCUUUCUGUGGUUUAGAGCCACAGGCCGUAAAACAGUGCAACGAGACACUGUCUCUGGGACAAAAACAAAUUUGUCCAUUUUGGAUGGCAAUCGAAUAAUGGAGACAGAGACCUUGGAUUCGAUGUUAAAAGGCGCUGAAAAUAUAGAGCAACAGAUAUCUCUUUUGUAUGAGAACACAAAAUUAAACGACUUGGGCAUAAGGCUGCGUUUUCUGGCUGCCUCGCAAGUACAACAGGCUAUUUCGGGAAUGUUUCCUCUAGCCAAAGCAUUACCGUUUGGAUCAUCGGUGAAUGCUUUUGGUAAGAUGGGCUGUGAUCUAGAUUUAAUUUUGCGCUUAGACGAGGAAUACAAGGGACCUGAUGCCAAAAAGCGACCAGAAUCACGUUUGGUAUUUCACACCAAAGAGAAUUUGACAAAUGGACGCUCGCAGACACAAAGACAAAUGGAAAGUAUUGGUGAUAUGUUGCAUUUAUUUUUGCCCGGGGUGUGUCACGUAAGGAGGAUACUGCAAGCCAGAGUGCCAAUCAUCAAGUACCACCAUGAGCAUCUAAAUUUGGAAAUUGACUUGUCAAUGAGUAAUCUUUCUGGUUUCUACAUGUCCGAACUUUUGUUUAUGUUUGGCGAAUUUGAUGAACGCGUUAGACCUCUGACAUUCUGCAUACGACGUUGGGCCCAAACGUGUGGCCUGACUAAUCCUUCGCCUGGCCGUUGGAUAUCCAACUUCUCGCUAACCUGUUUGGUUAUAUUCUUUUUGCAGCAGGCCAAACAGCCCAUAUUGCCCGCCAUAAAUACUCUGAUAAGAUCGGCCACACCCGAUGAUAUACGUGUCACCGAGGAUGGCAUUAACUGCACAUUUGCUCGCAAUUUCCAAGCCAUAGGCUUUCGCAGCAACAAUUCCUGCAGCAUAGGCGAAUUGCUAUUGCAGUUCUUUGAGUUCUAUUCCCAAUUCGAUUUCCAAAAUAAGGCAAUUUCUCUAAAUGAAGCGCGAGCCCUCUCCAAGCCUGAUCAUUCUGCCUUGUACAUAGUAAAUCCCUUGGAACCCUUGCUGAAUGUCAGCAAAAAUGUAAGCCUAGAAGAGUGUGAGCGUUUGCGCAUAGAAGUACGCAAUGCCGCUUGGGUCCUCGAAUCAGAGGUGGAAAAUCAGCAUCAUGUGGAUUUUGAUAAUAAAGAACAAGAGCCCUGGGGUCUGCUGAACUUGUUUAAGACUCCCGAUAAAACCAUAAUAAGGCCAAAUAUGUUUUUCAAACCUCGCAUCAUAGAGGUUAGUGAAUUGUUUGAUCAUAACGAAUCCCCAACGCCUUCACCUGCAAAACCACAGACGGCGUCUACAAAUACCGUAACUUCAACCGGCCUGGUCUUCAAAAACGCUCAAGUGAAACAAAAAAUCGAAAGCAUAAAAUCCAAUGCUAGGCAAGAUGUAAAACAAAUGCGUUUGAAUUCUUCGGCAGGUAUACAAACGUCAACAACUUCGAAUAAAUCACCGUCAUCCUCCAAAGGUUCCAAACGCAGUAGAUGAGUAACCUAGAUUACCUCUCCAACUGCCUAAAUCUGUCUGAGUAUCUUAGUAUUAAGAUUUUCUUAAAAAUAAAUAAAAAAUAUUUGUUUUUUAGUUUUAAGUUAAUUGGCUUUUCCCUUUUCUAACCAUAAGACAUUUCAAAACCAAGAGACUAGAGAUUUUGU